CAAUUCAAUAUGAUGGAGGGCACAAAGAAGGCUGCAAAAGCUGUGUCAAAGUCUGGUCAACCUCAACAAGAAAAUCAUUCCCGAUCCGAUCAAUCCAGUCCAAGUACUCCAAAGAAAAAGGCUUCUGAUAAAUCCGGUGGGAGUCGCAAAGCGAGACGGAAAGCGAAAUUGAAAAAGAUAGGUCGGAAAAUUUGGCAAGCGAUGUCUUGGAUAUCGACUAUACUGGGUAUAGCCUGUGCCGUACAAGAGUUAGCAGAUAAUGCAGGAGGAGGAUAUGACGGAGGAGGCGGCGGGGAAGAUUACGAAGAAGAUGCAUGACCAAGACGACAAUGCUGCCACCUAUGCUUAUUAAUGAUCACCCCUAGCUGACGUUCCUAAUUCUCACGAUAAUACAGUCCGGUCCUUAAUUAUAGGUCCCACAAAUAAACACUGUGAUUUGCAGUUUUAAUUAUAUUUCAGUCAUUAUAAUGAAAGUCUAGUUUCCUUUGUUUUCGAAUGAUCUCAUUACGGGUCUGUGUCUGCCUUCGUACGUGCUCCUCACCUGGGGACUGUGUCUGUGUGCAUGUAAUAUG